AGACCAACGUGUCACCUUCUUCACUCACCCGCCACCUGUCCUUUCCAAGGGCCCCUUUUUCCUCAUUCGCUCACUUCCCCCCCUCUUCCGACCUCCUCUCUCUCUGAGCUUCUCCUUUUCAGCUUUCUUUUGGGCUAUUCUAUUGACUUCUCCACAUGCCUGAUUGAUCCCUUCCUUUUUGCUCAUUGUGGAUUGAUUGAUUGAUCAAUUGCGGACUUCCUCUUACCCGGAGCUUCAUCUCCCUUUUCAUGAAAAGCUUCAAUCUUGCCCGAGUGGGCUACUACUGCUUCUUUGCAGGCUGAAAUUUCUUGCCCCCCAAAAAAAAAUCUUGGCGUUAAUAUGCAGUCAAACAUCGCAAUUUUGCAUCUGUGGUCAAGAAAAUUAGAUCAUGGAAAUGGAGUGCUCGACUAUGCCUACAACUGAGCUACAUAUGGGGGAUAAAAACGACACCAAAAAAAGUAUUGCCAAAGCAUUGGAAAUGGAGAAUCUUACCCUCGAUAUUUCGUCAAAUAGCUUUUCUAGAGAUUUGUUGCAGAGGUUCAUGGGCAGCGGCAGCGGCAGCGGCAGCGGCGGCCCCAGAGAUGAAGAGGAAGAAGACGAGGAGGAGGAGAUUGAGUUGAAUCUCGGGUUGUCAAUGGGGGGCAGAUUCGGCGUGGAUAAGAGUCCAAAGAAGCUGGUGCGAUCUUCCUCGAUUGCGAGCUGUUUGCCUGUGGUGAGGGACGAUAAUGACGCGGCGGCGGCGUACAGAGGCCUCGCGAGGACGGCUUCGCUGCCGGUGGAGACGGAGGAGGAGUGGAGGAAGAGGAAGGAGCUGCAGACUCUGAGGAGAAUGGAGGCCAAGCGGAGGAGGUCGGAGAAACAGAGGACUCUGAGGAGUGAGAGAGAAGGCGGUGGUGGCAGCGGGAGUGGGAAUUUGAGCUUGAGUUUGGAGGAGAAAAAGGAAAUUGAGAUGAAUCUGAGAGCGAGGUUGGAUAGGGAGAAGUCUUUGACUGGUUUGAAGAGGUCGGGAUCGUCGUUGGCUUCGCAAUCAGGGCUUUCUUCUUGGGCUGCAGCGGUCGCCCGGAGUGGGGCUGAUGCGGCGGCAAUGGGGAAAGGAAAGGGUAGUUACUGCGGCGGCGGUGGUUCGCAGGGCUCGGUGGAAUCAAAAGGGGGCAGCUCUUCUAGCAUUUCGGAUUUGGAGACUAAAAAUUCACAAGGAUCAAGUGGUAAGUUGAGCCCGGGCAGCAUCCAAUCGGCUGCAGGAAGUCAUGACAUCGGCUCGUCAGCAGCAAAAGCACGAGAAACCACGAGCAAAGCCGACAUGGAGAGUCCAUCCAAGAGAUCCGAUGCCUCAAGACCCCGGGGCAGGGGAGUCAGGGCAGAGGACAUGCCCUGCGUCUUCACAAAGGGAGACGGGCCUAACGGGAGGAGGGUUGACGGGAUCCUGUACAAAUACGGUAAGGGUGAGGAUGUUAGAAUAAUGUGCAUAUGCCACGGAAGCUUCCACUCUCCCGCAGAGUUCAUCGUGCACGCGGGUGGCACCGACACAGAAAACCCGCUCAAGCACAUCGUCGUAAACCCUAAUGCUUCCUCGUUGGUGUAAUGUUUAUGUGGAAUUCCUAUCAGCAUUCAUAGAGAGUAGCGGCUUUUAAUUUUUUUUUCCAUCUUUUUUACGAGUUCUUGGAUUUCAUUUAUGAUUAUGUGGAACAAUUGUUUCCAUUGGGUAUCAUACAAGAAAAUAUGCAGAAUUUUUUUUGCA